CAAUAUAAAAAAAUCGAAAGUUGCAAUAAUAGUGCACAAAAAGUGAGUAGCCAUUCACAGUCAGAGCCACCACCACACACCAAAACAGAGCGAUCAUGGAGACGGUGGUCGGCAACCUCUGCUCCCCGUUUCUUCUGAGUCAACUCGGUAAUUCAGGGCCUUGUCUUCUCAAGCUCAGGACUUCUGCUGCUUCACGGGUUUUCAAGCGCUGUUUCGCGGCGGCAAUCAAAGUUCGAGCUGCUGCUUCGGGUGCCCUCGUCGAAGUCGAGCCAACCGAACCAAUUGUGGUGCAAAAUGAUGGCAUCAGCAGCAACAACAUUUUAGCUUGUCCGAUAUGCUACGAUCCACUUUCAAGUUCCGGUGAUCCGGGCUUAUCUGUUGAGUCUGUUUCUGGGUCUAGUUUUCAAUGUAGGACUUGUAAGAAGACUUACUUUGGCAACGAAACACAUAUUGACCUGACAACAGCAAGUGGCGCAAAGGACUAUGGGGAAUCAAAGCCCGUUUCCACAGAAAUGUUUAGGACUCCAUUGGUAUCGUACCUCUAUGAGAGGGGUUGGCGUCAAAGCUUUACUGUAUGGGGUGGAUUUCCUGGCCCAGAGAAAGAGUUUGAGUUGAUUAAGGAUUUCUUAAAGCCAGUCUUGGGUGGUGGAAAUAUCAUUGAUGCAAGUUGUGGGAGUGGGAUGUUUUCUAGACUUUUUGCUAAGAGCGGAUUAUUUUCUCUUGUUGUUGCCUUGGACUACUCAGAGAACAUGUUGAAAGAGUGCUAUGGAUUCAUUCAGCAGGAGGAUAACUUUCCCAAAGAGAACAUGAUCCUGGUCAGAGCUGAUAUUUCUAGGCUUCCCUUUGCUACUAGUUCUGUCGAUGCAGUGCAUGCUGGUGCUGCCAUACACUGUUGGCCUUCACCAUCAUCAGCUGUUGCUGAAAUUAGUCGAGUCCUGCGACCCGGCGGGGUGUUUGUUGCAACCACUUUCAUAUGGGACGGGCCUUUUUCGCUCAUCCCAUUUCAAAGGAACAUAGCACAGAGAACAAAGCAAAUGUCGGGCAACCAACUCUUCACGUCAGAAAGUGAAUUACAAGAUAUCUGCCAAGCAUGUGGACUGGUAGGUUUUACCAAAGUGAGGAAUGGGCGUUUUGUGAUGAUUUCUGCCACAAAACCCAUUUAAUUAAUUACAGUAUUCUUGUGCCACAAGCAAUCUCCCCUGCUUUGUAUAGGGUUGGUUUGGGAGUAAGCAUUCGAAUUUGUUCCUAUGUAAAGAAACAUAAAUGUCAUGAUUCACCAUGAAUGAUUGUGUUUCAUCUCGUUAUCAAUUUGUUAUAUCACAUACGCAAAAUUGACGUGGUAUGACCGUUUUAUCCAAA